AUGGUAACAAAAGACCAACGAAAAACCGUCAAGACCAUCGAGAAAGUGACUACUGUAUCUGUCGAGACGGUAUACGUUCCUUAUACACUAACAGUAAAUGACGUGGUAUUAUUCACCGAGACCCAAUCUGUUACUUAUACAUAUACAAGCGGGAUUCUGGUUACCAAUACUCGAACGGCAACAUGCACGCCUUCUGCCUCGAAUCCAUCCUUUUACCUCUCAGCCACCAUUUCGCCUCUUCCCACUCCGCUUCCAUACAACGGAAAGUAUCUGCAGGCUGAACCAGAUUUUGACUGGUUUCAGGAGGAGGGGGCGCUCUUUUGGCCAAAGUACACGGCGGGUAAGGAUGAGGCGACACUCUUCACGCUAGACAGCCAAGGCAGGCUGGUAACGGAGACAUCCUAUGGUUUACACUACCUCGCUGUAAGCCCGUACAGCGAUUUCGAACUAAUUCAGCUUCUGCCCGAGGCUUGGGUGACCAUACGCGAGUGGUAUUUUAUCUCCUGCAAGCUCAUCGCACCAUCUGGAAGAUUUACUGGAAACUUGAAAGAACUUAGCUGUAAUGGCAGUGUCUUCAACCUGGACACAUUCCAAUGGUGCCCCAUAUACCAGGAAUGGUUCCGUUCCGGAUCCGUAAUUGGGCAGGAGUUGUCUGUUACAACACCCGAUUGUUUCCCAAUUACCUAUUUGGCGGUGCCAGCUUGUGGCUAA